UCCCAAUGAUGAUUCUACCCUCUCUAUAUAUACACUCAGCAUUCCACGCAUAGAGAGUGUGGCUCUGAAUCAAAAACUGAUGUCAAGAUUCAAGUGUUCAAGAAACCCAGGAGGAAUGCUGCGGAUGUGGUGGUGGUGGUGGCUGAUGGCGGCAGCAGCAGCGAUGGUGGGAGGGUGUGAGGCGAAUCUCAUCAAAGUUGGCGGCAAACAGGGAUGGGGACCUAAUGUUAAUUACACAGAAUGGGCCAAGAACAAGCACUUCUACGUUGGAGACUGGCUUUAUUUCAUCUUCGACAAGCACUACUUCACUGUUUUUGAGGUGAACGAGACAAACUAUGAGAGAUGCAGUGAGCAGGAGUUCAUCACAAAUAUCACCAAGGGUGGGCGAGAUGUCUUCAACCUCACACACCCAAGGCCAUACUACUUCCUCAGCAGUGGAGGCUACUGCUGGCAUGGAAUGAAGCUUGCCAUCAAUGUCACCCACAUGCCUGCUCCCGCCCCUUCUCCCUCCAAAAGCAAUGCUCCACCGUCAGCCUCCUCCCCCACCCCCAUCAUCCUCUCCAUUGCCUUGCUCUGCCCUCUCCUCUUCAAGUUCUUCUUCCAUGCUUGAUUCCAAAUAAAUACCAUGUUCUGAAACAGAUUGUUUAGCAUAUUAUGGGUAAAUGGUAUGAAUCAUUGAACAAAUGGAAUGAGUUUUUUUUUUUCUUUGGUUUUCUAAUGAAAGUCGCAUUGAUUUCAGCUUCCA